AUGUCAACGGCUCCGGACUUGAGUCUCCUCGACUAUUAUCUAGAUCGAGAGGAACCGUUGAUGAAAAGUGGAUUCAAGGAGGAAUUAAUGAUGGACUCUGACUACACUCCUGCACUCACAACAGAAGAAUGGUCGACGCAGCAGGAAGAUAUCUUCGACAUGUUGAAACUAGAAAACCCAUUCAAUCUAAUGGAGAGCGACAUUGAAGCAUUGCCCUCAUCCUCAUCGGACAGCGGGUUAUCGAGCGUGUUGUCGCUGUCCUGCGAACAACAACUGAGCCCUCUGCUCCCGAUAGAAGACCAUUUGGAGCUGAGCGACGACAACCAAAACAGCUCGCAGAAUUUCACAGAUUUUCAGUACCUCGGCAGCCCCAAUGACUCUGUUGGCAGUUUCACCGGGGACAGUCCCGUCAGGUCUGUAAUGAGCUCGAACGUUGGCUCUCCGGGCACAGAUAUUACCGAGGAAAUGGAUUUCGAGUCGAAUUACAUCACUGCUGUAGAUCCAAACAUCGUCGAAGGUUCUAUCGAAUCCCCAGUCCACUUGAUUAAACAAGAGUCCCAGCCUGUUAUUGAAUUCAAUUCAACACCUAAACAGCCGGUUAAAAAACAGGAGACAACUUUAAAUCUACGCAGUAUCACAUGCAACGGUAAAAGAAGUAUUAGACAGGUAAUACGUGUAACACCUGUGAUUUCCGGUAAUCCAAGAUCGAUACUACUACCCGUUACACUCAAGGAUAUAAAGGAUAUUAAGGAUGUAAACAUAAAACAAGAAGAUUCUCUGAGCGAAAAAAGUAGCGUUCAAUCAGGCGAUGAAGUGUCUGAGACAGAGUUCAUGUACCCACCAUUGGGACUUAAUUCCGAGGAAAAACGUCUAUUGCAGAAGGAAGGUAUAUCAUUACCCACCCACCAUCCGCUGACGAAAAACGAAGAGCGUGAGUUGAAGCGCAUUCGACGCAAGAUACGCAACAAAAUAUCAGCACAAGACUCACGCAAGAGGAAAAAGGAGUACGUCGACAGCCUGGAAGACCGCGUGAAGCAGGACGCCGAGGCUAAAAUGAACCUGUCGAAGCGCAUAAAAGUUCUGGAGUCUACUGUGGAAACCCAGGCUGGACAGAUAAAGAGCCAAGCGGGACAAAUUAAACGCCUGCUAGCAAUCAUACAGAAUCGCAAUAAAAAUGCACAGCCAGCCACUUGUCUGAUGGUUUUAUUACUCUCAUUAGCUCUGGUAGCUGUUCCCAAUUUGCGGCCGCAUUCAAACAACUCCAACGAGUUGAGAAAACCAGAUCAGCCUGAAAAAGUUCCACUUGCUGGUCGUUCGAGAAACCUGCUUUUUACAAAGCAAUUAGUUGAAGAAGAGUUCCAACAGUACAGCGAGGAGCUGCUCCAGGAAGUUGAGAGUCUUCUAGACCAUGACUACAGUCCAAUCCAAGUCUCGCUCUACAAACCUUCGCGCUACGACGCGGACCAGAAAUCAAACAACAACAAUAAACUUUUCUCGGCAGCAGACGCGGGCGGUAUGUUCCCGAGAAAAUCCGAGUUUGGAGACGUUAAGUUGAGCAAAAAGUACAUUGAGCCUCCUCUGGACGACGUAUGGCCGCCUCCUAAGCCCGACGCUGUUCAGACAGUUAAAGUCCUGGACAAGCUCGAGGCAAUUACCAAUGAAUUGAAAAUAAAUAUUUCAAAUACUGACGGAACAAGAACAGUUGUUCUUAAUGUUCCCAAGGAAUUAUAA